UGUUUAGAACUCACGUUGAAGCCCCGGCUGAAUCUGAAUGUACAUAGCAGGGUAUAUUAUGGGGUGACACCCCUAACAAGUAAGAUUUUCUCCAUACCUGAUGUUAAGAGCCCAUAAUGGAGCCCCGACUAAUCUGGAUUGCGCGUUGCAAGGUCCGGUCAGGGGGAUUGUCUUCAUGCUCAGGACUCAAAUUCAAAACCUCUUAUUAAGAGUGAAACAAUCUCAUUGUCCUACCAUUAUACCACGACUCAUGCUGGUGCACUUGUAUAUAUACAUGUCUAUAUAUACUUUCAGCUUCAUCACUAUUAUAUACACACUAGAAGCUAAGUACUAUUUUCUACUUUGAAAGUGUUAGCAUAUAUAGUUUGAGUCCUUGAUUAAUUUCAUGAACAUCAUGAAGAUGAAAAUGAUAUUAUCAUCAUUAAUAGGAUUAUUAUUAUUUUAUUGUUGUGUAAUCCAUUUAGUUUCAGCCCAACUUCAAGUUGGUUUUUACAAUUCAACAUGUCCACAAACUGAAACUAUUGUAAGACAAGCUGUGCAAAAUCAGUUCAAUAGUGACCCUUCCAUCACUGCAGCUUUGCUUCGCAUGCAUUUUCAUGAUUGCUUUGUCAGAGGAUGUGACGCAUCGAUACUCAUAAAGUCAACAGGUUCUAAGAAAUCGGAGAGAGAAGCUGGCCCAAACAAAACGGUACGAGGGUACGAGUUAAUCGAUAAAAUCAAGAAAACCCUAGAAACAUCUUGUCCAUCAACAGUUUCAUGUGCUGACAUAAUAACACUAGCAACUAGAGACUCUGUAGCAUUAGCUGGAGGCCCAAAUUAUCCAAUUCCAACAGGUAGACGUGAUGGGCUAACUUCAAAUAUAGCAGAUGUAAAUUUACCAGGCCCAUCAUUAACAAUUCCACAAGCACUCCAAUUUUUCACAAAUAAAGGACUUACUUUAAAUGACAUGGUGACAUUAUUAGGCGCUCAUACAGUUGGAAUCGCACAUUGUAAAUUUUUUCAAGGUAGGCUAUCGCCCGUACCUGAUAAGACUAUGGAUCCUACGUUAGCGGCUCAACUAUUGAAAACUUGUACUAAAAGUUCUGCAACGGCAUUUCUGGAUCAAAAUACGUCGUUUACUAUUGAUAAUGAGUAUUACAGAGAAAUUACGUUACGUAAAGGUAUAUUGACGAUCGAUCAAGAGCUUGCGUUGGAUAAGUCAAGUGCUCCAAUUGUUACAAGUUUUGCAGCUAAUAAGGAUGUAUUUAGCCAAAGUUUUGCAAAUGCAAUGAUAAAAAUGGCAAAUAUUGAUGUUUUAGUGGGGAGUGCUGGAGAAAUUAGGAAAAAUUGUGGGGUUUUUAAUCAAAAGGCUAAUCGCAAGGUUGUUAAUUAGGAAACAUAUGUUUUACUAUAAUAUUUAAUUUUAAGUGUACAAUUUUUAUUUUACUAAAAUAAAUAUAUAAGGCGUAUGUUUUUGCAUUAUUUUAUAAAUGGGAUUGUAAAAUAAAACUUGGUAAGUUAUCUUUUUUGUAUUAUUACAAUAUCACACUGUUUUUGUAGUGUUACGUAAAUGGAGUGUUCAA